UAUAUUUUUCGUUUAUAAUUAAAUGUUUGGCUAUAAGUAGUUGGGAAAGCCAACUCAACUUGUAUUAUGAUACUCGUUCUUCAUUCACACUUUCCUCCUCAGACGAAAGACAUCGCCGGAAAUUUGAGAAGACCAAAGAUGGCGGCGGAGGAAGGGAGAGCUCCGUUGCUGUCUCCGGCGGAGGAAGGCGGAGGAGCGACGGGGAAGGUGUGGGAGGAGACGAAGAAGCUGUGGCAGGUGGUGGGUCCCGCUAUAUUCAGCAGAGUAUCGUUGUAUUCGAUGCUUGUCAUCACUCAGGCCUUCGCCGGCCACCUCGGCGAUCUCGAGCUCGCCGCCAUUUCCAUCGUCCAAAACGUCAUCGUAGGGUUCAUCUUCGGCCUUCUGCUGGGGAUGGCGAGUGCGUUGGAGACGUUAUGCGGACAAGCCUUCGGGGCGAAGAAAUAUUACAUGUUGGGAGUGUACAUGCAACGUUCAUGGAUCAUUCUCUUCAUAUUCUGCGUCUUGCUGUUGCCCAUUUACUUCUUCGCGGCACCGGUCCUGAAGCUUCUCGGACAGCCAGAUGACGUGGCCGAGCUCUCCGGCACGGUGGCCGUGUGGGUCAUACCCCUCCACUUCGCCUUCGCCUUCAGCUUCCCCCUCCAACGCUUCCUCCAGUGUCAGCUCAAGAACUCCGUGACGGCGUGGGCUUCUGCGGUGGCGCUGGUGGUGCACGUGGGGGUGAGCUGGCUAUUCGUGGGGGUUCUGAAACUUGGGGCGGCCGGCACGAUGGCUACGAUCAAUGUCUCGUGGUGGGUCAGCGUCCUCGUCAUGUACGGUUACACUGUCUCCGGCGGCUGUCCUCUGACGUGGACUGGCUUCUCCGUCGAUGCUUUCGCCGGACUCUGGGAGUUCGUCAAGCUCUCGGCCUCCUCCGGCGUCAUGCUCUGCUUGGAGAAUUGGUACUACCGAAUCUUGAUCCUCAUGACUGGGAAUCUCAAGAACGCCAAGAUCGCCGUCGACGCCUUGUCCAUUUGUAUGACAAUCAAUGGCUGGGAGAUGAUGAUUCCUCUCGCCUUCUUCGCAGGCACCGGGGUGAGGGUGGCGAAUGAACUGGGAGCGGGCAACGGGAAGGGGGCGAAAUUCGCGACGAUAGUAUCGGUAACGCAGUCGUUAAUAAUCGGACUGUUCUUCUGGGUGGUCAUAGUUCUUCUCCACGACCAGAUCGGUUGGAUUUUCUCUUCCAGUGAACCUGUCCUCUUAGCCGUCAACAAGCUCUCCAUCCUCUUGGCCUUCACCGUCCUUCUCAACAGCGUCCAGCCCGUUCUCUCCGGUGUGGCUGUUGGGUCGGGUUGGCAAUCCUACGUGGCAUAUAUAAACUUGGGAUGCUACUACUGCAUUGGGCUUCCACUGGGAUUUGCCAUGGGUUGGGUUUUCAAAUACGGUGUCAUGGGGAUUUGGGCGGGCAUGAUAUUUGGAGGAACCGCGAUUCAGACGCUGAUAUUGAUUAUAAUCACGAUGAGAUGUGAUUGGGAAAAAGAGGCGCAAAGAGCGAGCGCACACGUGAACAAAUGGUCCAAUACCAUAAAAUAAAGAUGGAUGGAUUGCCGAGAUAUGUAUAUGAAAAAAAUUUCGAAGCAUUAUUUUUCGUAAAAGCUUCUAUACCGUAACCAAAUUGCAUUGAUACUGUAUCAUAUAUUUUGGCAAGUCGAAAUCAGAAUAUAUCUUUGUUGAGUUCCCAUA